CUUUGGAACACACACAACAUCCAACAGGUAACAAUGGCGUCCUACUUGCCAAAAGUCAACAAAAACAACACGACUAUCCUUUUAUCGGGGGAGCACGAGCAAAAGCUCAGACAGUGGCUGAAGAAGCCCGCGUCCGACUUCAAACUGCUUUUCAAGGCGACCGCGAACACCUACAACGCGCAGGAAUUCCACCGACUGUGCGACAACCAAGGGCCGACCAUCGUCGUCGCCUAUAGCAACGGAGGCGACGUUUUCGGCGGUUACGCCAGCGUGUCGUGGCGCAGCGCGGGAAGACACGUCACCGCACCGGGGUCCUUCCUCUUCAACCUGAAGAGCAAGGUGCGCUUCCCGCUCAAGCUGCAAGGGGACGCUUCUGCACUGUACGACGACGGGGCCCACGGGCCGACGUUCGGCGGGUACGACUGGGUGUCCUUCACGGGUACCGGGAUGAAGUCCUCUCUGCUGGGCCCUUCUUACUCCCGGGUUGAAGCCCAGGGAGCGCGGUGUAACAUCGGGAACACCUACUCCCCGCACGCCACCGACAGGGCCGUAUCGUACGAGGAGUUUGGCGGCCUGGAGGCGUACGGAUAUCUGACAGGCACCUUCUGUACGGACCUGGACUAUAAGGAUAUUGAGGUCUACACCAUCAGAGACAAGCCGGUCUUCAUCGGUGGAAGACGAGCGGAAGCCAGUCCAAGCGUGCCGAAGCUGAAAGAGACCGCCUGGAGGACGAUGGAGUGGACUGUUAGUGCAAGGGAUGAGCUGGUCCGAGAAGUGACUGAGUAUCGCCCCCUGGACAGCACGAAGGCUCCACAGGCACAGAUCCUGCUGCUGGGUCCUGCCGGAGGGGGGAAGUCCAGCUACUUCAACACCAUCAACUCCAUAUUUAGGGGGCAUGUGACGUCACAAGCCGUCACAGGGAUAGCACCGCAUAGUCUCACCACCAAGUUCCGUCGGUACGAGGUGCGAUCUGGGCGGGGAGGGGGUGCGCUGGGGUUCCGCCUGUGCGACACCAUGGGCCUGGAGGACGGGCAGGGUCUGGGCGUGGCAGACAUACCCUACCUGCUGGGCGGGAACGUACCGGACAGGUACCAGUUCAACCCAGCCGUGUCGAUCGAUCCCAGCAUCGCCGGGUUCAAGGUGAACCCUCCGCUGUCCGACACGGUCCACUGCGUCACCUUCGUCAUCGACGCAUGCGUCAUGAGCGUUCUGUCGCAAGGCAUUGUGGAUAAAAUCAAAGGCUUAAGGACAAAAAUCAACGAGCGAGGUAUCCCCACAGUGGUACUGUUGACGAAGGUGGAUGAGAUCUGCCCAGAGGUGGCGAAGGACCUGUCCGUGGUCUACAGCAGCGCCCUCGUGCAGGAAAAAGUGAAGGAGCUCAGCGGAAGACUCGGUGUUUCUGUGUCCAACAUUCUCCCUGUCAAGAACUACGCCUCCGAGAUGGAACUGGACAGAAGGGUUGACAUCCUGGCUUUGACCGCCCUCCGACAGAUGCUCCGCUUUGCCGAUAACUACUUUGACGACUUCGGCGAGGACCAGGAAGAGGAGCAUGACGGGAGUGAUGACGUCGAACCAACCGACAUCAUUCACGUGGCCAGAAAUUAAACUUCGACCUCCCAUCAUGCAUUUGCGUACGUCGUGACAAAGAUAUUUUUGAAAGGUUAUUUAUAUAUAUAUAUACAAAUGUAUAGAUAAAAUCAGGCAUGUGACAAUUACCACCAUUACACAAUUAGCCUAAUUGGUUACAAUUAGCUGCAUCAUGUUGCAAUUGUAUAGUAUGGGGGAUUUAGACUCCUGCCUGACCAUAUAGAUGAAUGUGUUUGAGUAAGAAUU